AUGAAGCUCGGCUUCCUUCUGGAUCUCAAAGCUGACAUCAGGUACAACCAAAAUACGCAAUACGUGAGCGCAAUACGGUGCCGGCACCCAGCAAGCGUGGCGCCCAAGCAGCUGUCAUGCCGAGCGAAUAAACGGAGGGCAUCUAUUCUCCCCCCACCCCGCGUCCUCGUGACGGCCCCCCUUUCCCCUCCCCACCCCACCAAACCAAAUCAAACCAUCCACACAGGGGAAAGGAACCCUACCUCGCCGGGUCCCCGACCGCCGACCGACAUGGCCGCCGCCGGUUCCUCCGCCGCACCCCUCCCGGCCCCAAUCUCCCUCAACGACAAGGCGGCGGCCGUGGGCGGCGGGGUCGGCGGCGACCGGGCGGCGGGGGGCUGCGGGGUGUGCGCGAUCUGCCUCGACAGGAUCCCGCUCCAGGAGACGGCGCUCGUCAAGGGCUGCGACCACGCCUACUGCGUCACUUGCAUUCUGAGGUGGGCAUCCUACAAGCAGACACCAGUAUGCCCGCAAUGCAAGCACCCGUUUGAGUUCCUCAGUGUGCACCGCUCUCUUGAUGGCUGCCUUCAUGACUACAUGUUCGAUGAGAGCGUUUGUCUUCUUCUGAGAGCCACUUGGUUUAAGCCUCUGGUCGUAGAGGCUCACGAGGAGGCUCAGGAGGAAGAAGACAUUUACCGCAGUUACCAAUAUGAUGAUGGCGAUGAGGAUGACCUUUAUGAGGAAUACAUAAGCAGGUCACCGAGCAUUCGAAUUGGCAACAGGAGGUGGGGUGACAAUGGGUACGUCAGAGGGGGCAGGAGGGAGGCCAGGCCAGUAGUGAUCCCUCCUGUUGUUGAUGCUGUUCCAUCCAGGACUCCCAAGAAGAAAGAGGGAUCAGCAUCAGGUUCAGGAUCAGGUUCAGUGUCCAAGGAUGUCGCAGGACGGCGGGCAAGAAGGGCUCAGAAGCGAGAGGCUGCUGACAAGGCGGCUGCAGAGAAGCACCUCAAGCUCCUGCAGAGGCUGGGCCGCGGGAAAACUCCCGAAGCGCCACCUGAAGCACCGGAAUCACUUGAGGUUGGUCCUCCAGAGUCACUCGAGGUUGGUCCUCCUGUGAUCGAGUGAUCCAUCAGCCUCUGUAGAUAACGGUGCUGCGGGGAACGCUGCAGCCCCUGGGAGCCCCUCCAAUAAUUCUCCCGGUGCGAAGAAGAGGAAACCGGGCCUUGUAUCCUGGCAACUUUGUCGCGUUGUACAGUAAUUUAGCUUCGAGUCACUCGUUAGGUCGGUCAUCGGAGCUGCUACCCAGUCUGCUCCAGAUGCAGCGAUGUGGUUGGUCGGUCGGUUUAUCCCACACUGAUAGUUGUUUAAUUCAAAAAGGUCAUGUACUCGUGUCGUAUUAGGGGGGCACAAAAAUUGCUUGCUGUGCUAAUUUUCCUGGCAAUGUGGCAAUUCUGGUAGGUUGUUACAUCCAUCUACCCAAAAAGAAAAUGGAAUGGGGGAACAGAGUCUUACUGUGAAUACACUUUGCUUACUGAGUUA